AUGGUUAAUGCGUUGGCAAUAACGUUGUUCACCGUGGCCGCCUUGGCCGCGCACGACCGCGCGUCGGCCGCUCGCAUACUCGGCGUGUUCCCGCAUCACGGAUACAGUCAUCACAUGGUUUUUUUGCCGUAUCUCCGGACGUUGGCGGACCGCGGGCACGACGUGCACGUUAUCAGCAAUUUCGGUUCGUCUCAUCCGAAAAUCACGGACAUUGGCGUCGAGGGUUCGAUGCCUAUGAGCAACAACGCAGUCCCGUUCCCGGAAUCGGACACGGCGUUCGGAUUUUCCAGCAUGUGGAGGGACAUGGAUAUACUGUACAACUUGGCAAAGUCCACGGAGAGUAUGUUCGGCGUGCCGGCCGUGAAACGGUUGCUGGAUGACCCGGACGCCGCGUUCGAUCUGGUCAUCGCCGAACAUUUCAACAGCGAGUUACCGCUCGGUUUCGCAGCCAAGUACCGCGCACCUUUCGUGUUGCUCAGCAGCUGCCCGUUGAUACCGUGGUCCAUGGACCUGUUCGGUCAACCACAACAGACCGCGUACAGGCCGUCCGUGUUCAGCGGUUUGUCGGAACGCAUGGAUUUCGUCCAGCGACUGAUCAACACGUUGAUAUCACACGUGUCCAUAGUUAUGUUCAGGACAACGAAUCGACCCUGGAGCCAACACGUGAUAAAAAAACACCUCGGUGUAGAUAUUUCUCUGGACGAAUUCGCGUCAAACGCAAGUUUGAUAUUGGUCAAUACGCAUUGGAGUAUUAACGGGGUGUCACCCACUGUACCCGCCGUAUUGGAAGUCGGCGGAAUGCAUAUGAAACCGCCGGCAGAUUUGCCAAAGGUUAGUAGGUACCUCUAGCUAUUUUACAAUACCUUUUAAUGAAACAUUUUCUCUCUAAAAAAACAAAAUAUAUAAAUAAAAAAAUGUACUAAUAAUAUAAAGAUAAUAAUUGUAUAGGUAUACCAGUAUAAUAUUACACUGUAUAUGCAUUUGCGCGUACUCGGGGCGACAGAGGGUGCUUGGCACCCCUAAAUCUAAAUUUAGCACCCCUAGAUUUUGAGCUAAAUAUAAUACUCAAAUAUGGGAUAAGUAAUAUUACUGUUACAAUAUUAAGUGUUAAUUUAUAUUAUACAUAAUAUAUUAACAUUACAUCGUAUUUAUAUUAUAUUAUAUUAUAUUGUGUAAAUUUAUGUUAAUUGUUUUCAUAUUUAUAAUCCAUCCCUUGUCGAUUAUUUAUUAGGCAAUGAAAGAUUCAUUAAUGAAAAUAGGAUUUCAUUGUUUCAAUUCCUUUUAUUUAAUGUGCAAGUAUAAUAUGUAGUUUUAUUUUGUCGAAUAGGUUGAUGGUGGGGGGUAACCCCCUCUCAUCAUACCCUAUCGUAAAUAAUUUUAGCAUUCCCAUUUUGAGACUGAAUGUGCGCUAAUGUAUAAAGAAUGAUUUUUUUUAUCUUGAACCAGUAAUUAUCUCAGAGGAUUUUAAGUCAAUUCGAUUUCUGUUUUUUCUAAUCAUUAUGAAAUCUUUUAAGCUUUAUUUUAAAACCAUUUUAAAUUUUUUAUCCCUACUCCAUAACCCUUAAAUAAGCACAUACUUUUGAUUUUUAAAUAGGAACUCCUUCCCUCUUUUUGAACACCAAUUUGAAUAGAGAAUAUUUUUCUAGAAAUGUUGAUAUACAUAAUACUAAUAUCAGAUUUACCGUUAAUGAGUUAUAAUAGUUUAAAGUUGAGACUGGAAGAGUAGGGAACGGUUAUAGAUAGGUAAUUAUUAUUACCCUUCCUUACUCCUCCGAUCUAAACUUUAAACUUUUAUAACUCAUAAAUGGUAAAUCUGAUAUUAGUAUUAUGCAUAUUAACAUUUCUAGAAAAAAUAUUCUCUAUUCAAAUUAUUCAAAUCUUUGUUCAAAAAGGGGAGGAAUUCCUAUUUGGAAAUCUAAAGUAUAGUUAUUGUAUAAUUAAGUAGGUAUACGGAAUUGGGGUAAAAAAUUAAAAAUGGGUUUAAAAUAAACUUUAACCGAUUCCAUAAAACAAAACAGAAAUCAAAAAUUCCACUUAAAAUCCUCGGAAACAAUUGCUGGUGCAUGACAAAAUAAUCACUCUGUAUAUAUUACAUUCUCUAGCUAACUAUGAAAAUAAUUGUAUUAUGUGUGAGUUGAACAUAGUUUAUUUUUUCAUCAGAAGUGCAGGGUGAUCCAUAAGUCACUUGACCGACAAAACUUAUUAUUAGAAGUUUCUAAUAAUAAUUUACCGAGACAUAUAUAUAUACAUAUUACAUGUACAUAGUACACGAUCGUUUAACACACGGUCGAUUAAUUAGGUGUCCUUUAUCGUUUAAACUUUUCUAUUGCAGGUUUCAUUAUAAAUACUCAUCAUAGCUAUAUUAUUGUGUCUUUAUCUAUACCCUAAUUUAGAUUAACAAAAUAGAUUGCACCCCAAUUUUUCUUGCUUAUACAUUUAAUUUUAGAACGGACGAACAGUAAAGUAAUAGUUACAGCUGUAAUUACGUAAUGUACAUACAUUUUUUUCAUUUUGUAUUAUAUAAUAUGGAUUAUUAUAGGGUGACGAACUACAAUAGCUAUACUUUUUUGUUCUUCAUAGUCGAGCUUUACACAAUGCCGGUACGCCUUGUCCUCCGACGCCCUAUUUAUUAUUAACAAAUAAAUAAAUUAUUGAUUAUCGAUUACUUACCUUGUAUACAUAGGUAUUGUGUUUUCCUAAAUUCCUGACCUUUCAAAUGGGUAUCAAAUUUAUAUAGCCGUUUAAUGUAAUUUACCCCAUCACUAUAAUUGACUUAUUAACUUCGAUAGGUGUACAGACAAUAAUGAUGAGGUGAUGAAAAAAUAUCCUAAAUGUCCGUAUGUUAGAAGUGACCGUUCUCAAAUAUUGAUCCCGCGGUGAGCUCAUAUUAAAAUAUUACAAUAAUUAAUUGGUAGAUGCAUUCGUCGAUCCAUCCUAAAGUGCUAUUAUACUUGGAUGUAUUACUUUAAAUAAUAGAUAAUAUUCACGAUGUAUAUUAUAUGUAUUUAAAAAUUACUUGAUAUUGUUUUUUUUAUAAGAUAUCAACUAGCUUAUUUAGUGAUAAAUUGUUUUUUACUGACAUUAGCAAAUCAUUUAAAAUGACGUUUCGUUUUACAAAAUUUAUAGUUACUAAUCAAUUUUUGGAUUUUGAAAUUAAAUCAACACACUUUUAAACUAACGAGUAGUAUUAUAAUGCAAAUAUAGUGAACAAAUAUCAAACACUUGCCAAUUAAUCAAUGGAUAUACAGCUAAAAUAAUUAAACACACACAAUUGUUUUUUCUAUGUUUUAUUACACGUGUUAUUAUGCAUGUGCGUAUUAUAUAAAGUUACGAAACCAAUUUUACUUAUUGUUUAUUUUGAUCUAUAGUCUUAAAAAAUACAAUCAUCUAAUAAACAUAUACCUAUGUAAGAAAAAUCAUAUAAAUUAAUAUUGCGAAUCAACAGAAAUAAUUAUCAAGCAUUUUAUAUUAUUACUUGUAUUGAUAUUUUAAUAAUAAUUUACAAAUUAGCUACCUAUUAACAACUUUGCACUUUAUCGGUACUUUACCACUGUUAAGAUAUUAAGAAAUAUGGUUUAUAGUUCAUGUUCCCAGGAUUCUUUAUAUUAUAUUAUAGUCAUAAAUCAUAAAAAUGAUCAAAUGUAUAACAAAUUACCAUAGAAAUAAAUGAACAAUUUCACACGGGUAAUAUUAAAACUACAAUUUUCAAAAAUUAAUAUCCAACUCACAAUGUAUAUAAUAUGCAGUAUAUAUAUAUAUAUAUAUAUAUAUAUAUAUAUAGUCUAUAAUAUGCAGUGGUUUCCAAUCGGUAGUCCGUGGACCUAAAUGGCAAUAUUAUUUUAUUGGUUGUCCACGGCCCCAAAAAGUUAUAUAAAUAGCUGGUACUAGGGAUGGGUACGGCCACUUUUUUAGGUGCGCGGUAGGAAGGUGGUGUACAUAAAGUUAUUUAGUUUAUACCUGUGACCAACGAUAAACCAUUGCUAACGAAAAACGAUUCGGACGAAAAUUUGGUUAGACUUAUUUUGAAAUGCUGUAAUAUUUACGAUUUUCGUCAAAAUUUGAUAUUAAAAUUCUUAUAAAAAAAAAAUAUUACAUUAAAUUCAACUUUUUCUUGUUACCACUAAGUAUAACUUAUAAUGAGCCUCCUGUUAAAUUGUCAAACAUUUCUUUUUAGUUUAACAAAUGAAUCCACAGAGUAUCUACCAAAUAAAAAUUACAUAAAAAACUAGUAAAAUUAAAAUGUCUCAACAAUUUUUCAAAUUUUUGAAAAUUUAGCCCCAUCUAGAAAAAGUAAAUUUAAGUUUUUUUUAAAAAAUUCCAAGUUGUUACGAAUAUUUUUAACCGAAUAACAAUAAAAAAACUAAAUUUAAAAUAAUAAAAAAUUAUUUUUGUAAAUUUUCCUGUUCUUUCUACGUGUUUUUCGGUUUUGUUCAAUUAAUAAAUACUACAAAGAAAAUCAAAACAUGAUUUUCUUGGCCAUUAACUAAAUUAAAUAUUGAAUACUUAUUUACGACCUAGAUUAAAAAUACAUCAAAAAAAGUAUUUUGUCGUUUUUCUAUUAGCAGUAUUUAUGGUAGAAAACAUAAGCCGUAAACAUUUUAGUUAAAAAUAUGUAAAAAUAUCUAGUUGAUACGCUAAACGGCAUAUUUUAAUGUAACUAUUAUAAGUACUAGAUACUAAUACUGCUAGAUACUAAAUACUAAGACUUAAAUAAAUUAUAUGCAAUUUUUAUAUUUUUCAGUAUUUUUAUUUUUGUUAUUAGUUUUUUUUACUUAUAUUGUUUGAUUUAUUGAUGCACAAAUUAUGUCGGUGCGAGGUAAAUGGACGGUGUGCAAAUGAUAACCGCUGAUGCAUAGGCAUAAUAUAAUUAUAUAUCUAUUAAUUAGGAUAUGUAAAUGGGUAUAAUGUGAUUUCAACUUGAAAGUUUUAAUGCAAGCGAUAGGUACAUAUUUCGUUAGUUAUAGUUAUAGUUAUCUAUAGGAAAUGUUACCUAUACCAAUAUAAUGUUAGGUAUUUAAUUAUAUUACGCGUAAUAUUUCUUAAAAUUAUGAUACCUAUCUAACGAUAUCCUUGUGUCACAAUUCAAUUUUUGAAUGCAAAUAAAAGUUUUUUUUUUUUUUUUGGUGGGGGGGUAGUUAAUUGACCCUAAACACCCCUUUAAUUUAUAAUUGUCGAAUACUUAAGAUUUUUUUUUAGUGACUACAUCACUGGAGCAAGAUUUCUUUUCGAAAAGUUAUUUACAUAGAGAAAAAAGAAAAGUCGAAUAGUCAAUGUACAUUUCUAUCCUUAAAACAGCAAAACCUGAUAAUCGACUUUGUGUCAUCAAAGUUUGUAAACUGUUUUUUUAUCAAUUUCAUUUUCUAAAUUGUUCAAUCCCCGCUACAGUUUGACACCAUCAAUGUCAUAACUAAAUACAUACCUGGGGUUGUCAAACGGGGGGAUGAAUGUGACGUAUCCCUCCUAAAAGUCGUUUUUCUUAAAUAUUUAUAAUAAUAUAUAUAGUGAAUUUUUUGCCAAGUGCUCACCAUAUUUGUUAGUAAACCUAAAUAUUUAAAAAAAAAAAAAAAAUGUUUUGUUUAUUUAUUGCAAUAAAAAUUUAAAUUCUUUAUUGAAGUUUAUUGUAGGAACUAAAAUUUAAUGAAAAAGACGGACAUACUCCACACCAUGGGCGUAAUCAUGGGAAUGCUAGGGGGUGCACUUCCAUCCCCUUGAAUUUUUGAGAGGGUGCAAUACUAUUAAUUUGUACCCAUUAAAUUUUCUAUAUUUCAAAUCUAUAAAUAAUUCCAAACUAUUAAAUGUUUAUUUAGUAAUGAUAACGACUAUAAUAGAUGAUAAUUACCACGUCCUCAUGAUACUCAUCGAUUUACAGUUCUUUGAUUUUACGUAUGUGAUAGUAAACCGACAUUUUUUCAAUCUGUUUUCCUAGAGAUGACUGAGGACACUGUAUUCUUAUCUCAAUUGUAAUCACGCUAUACUUGUAUGUAUUAUAUAAGGUUAUUUAAUUUAUAUCUGUGACUAAUGAUUUAUUAAGUUUAAUGAACCACUCUGUAUAUAUUUAUUUUUUUAAAUUGUAUUAUAUACAAUCUAUACAUUAAAGCACAAUACGUAUAUUUGAGGACAGUGGUGGAUUCAAGGAAGACUGAGAAGGUCCGGGUUCCCCUAGAGUCCCUAGAAAGUUAUACUAUAUAUAUAAUUGUAAUAAUAUGAAUUAAUAAUGAAUAUAUAUCAUCGUUCAAAUUGCGGUUAGACCAAUUGUUACGACAGUCAAUACAAUGACCUGAUUGUAAUCUCAUCUUUAUUUUAUAUUUAAUGUUCAUUGUUUUUAUUUUAAAUUAUGCAAAAUUAUGCCCCCUCCCCCCAAAAAAAAAAAUUCUAUAUCCGCCACUGUCUGAAGAGUAAAUGAAAGGCCGUGAACAUCAUGAUUAAAGGUGCCACUCAUUAGUGACACCAUAGCUGUUAUGUAUUAAUAAUUAGGAAAGCGCCUAAAUCAUUUUUACUUAUUUUAGGAGGUCGCAGGAACAUGUUCUUUUUAAUCUGCAACGGUGAUUUCCAGGAAGGUUUGGAAAUUGGAACGAAUAGAUUUUUUACAAGUUGAUUGUAAUGGCAUGGAAAUAUUGGAAAAAAAUUUAUUGUAAAAUGUUUUUCUUUUUUCAAUAAUUGUUUUUAUAUGGAGGUCAUUAUGUUUUGUAAAGUUUGAAUUUUGUUUAUAUUUGAUUCUUUAGCUGCAACCCAGAGCUAGAGAUUUGGUUAAUAAUUGGAGGGAGAGUAGUCCCUCAUAAAAUAUUUUAAUGUAUACAUUGUUCUAACCUCCAAAAAUUGUAUUCUAUUUGUGCCUAUAAUUUGUUUUAUGGGUCGGUUUGAUUCAUAAACCUCUACCUAUGGAUUUUGGUUUAAUUUUUCAGCACUUAUUUAAUUAUUAUUUUCAAUGUCUAUUUUAUUUUUGAUACAAUAACUAUUGGUUAUUAUAAAAUAAAUAAGUACCUAUACAUUAGUUUUAUUAUUAUUGAGUUUAAGGUAGCUACAUAAAUAUUAAAUAGGUAAUAUAGAUAAAUACAUAAAGUUGUACGAGCUACGAGUACAUACCUACUUAUAGAAUCCGAUUCCCAAUUAUCUGCAGAUAAAAUUACGAAUUAUGAAUUAGUAAUAUAAAUAUUAUUCGAAUGAUAAACGCAAAGUGGAAGAAGAAAUCGAUUCUAAAAAAAAUGUUCUAUUACAAACCCAUAUUAUAUCAAAUAGUAACAAUGUGCAUUGAGUAUAGGUUAUUAUGUUUUAAAUAGCGAAUCAUUAGUAGUAAUUGUUUUCUUAUGUUUUAAUAUUAUAAAUUAUAAUUGAUAAUGUCUAUGAUAAUGGUUUUGUUGAUAAGUGCGGCAAUUAUAACCGUUACUAUAGUUCGUCCAGCGUAUACAGCCAACAUCUUAGCCGUGUUCCCUCAUCAUUGUUACAGUCAUCAUUUGGUUCAUUUGCCGUAUAUUCAAGAACUCGCUAAUGUAGGGCACAAUGUCACUGUCAUCAGUAAUUAUCGUUCAGAACACCCGAACAUCACUGACAUUUCGAUUAAGGGAACUAUGGCUAUUUACAAUAACAAACGAAAUAUUAGCCACUUGGAAAUAACAUAUUUGAACGACAUACAUCUUUCAGUUAAAAUAAUUCGAUUCUUUUACAAUAGCGGAAAAUCAAUUGAACCUAUAUUAACAUUGGAUAGUGUAAACAAUUUGAUGAAUAGUUCUACUAAUUAUGAUUUACUUAUUGCAGAGCAUUUCAAUCACGAAUUAUCGAUGGCUUUUGCAUUAAAAUUCAACGUACCUUUUAUACUGACGAGUACUUGCAAUAUGUUACCUUGGAAUCAACAUGCGGUCGGGCAACCGUACUCGUUAGCGAUUAACCCUUCGCCAUUAACAAGCUUACCGCCAAAAAUGAAUUUUUACAAUAGGCUAAUGAACACGGUUUCCAAUGCCGUACAAUUGUUGGGUUACAAAUUUUUAUGUCGAAGAAGAGAUGAAAAAAUUAUCAAUCGCUUAUAUAACACGGACGUUUCAUUAAGCCAAUUAGUUUUAAACGCUAGUUUGUUUUUGGUCAACACUCAUUUCACUUUAUUUGAAUCUAGACCGUUGGUACCAGCUGUUAUUGAAGUCGGAGGUAUACAUAUACGACCAAUUAAGCCGUUAUCAACAGUAAGUGGAUAACGUCUGUUUAUGAACACGCUUGUGAUGUACAAUAAUUAUUAUACAAGUAUUUAUGUUUAAUUUAUACGUCAACGAUAACAAGCAUAUUAUUAUGAAAUGUUCUUUUAUUAGGUAGGUACUUAAUUAAUAAUUUACUUAUACUUUGCAAGUGUAUUUAUUGUCAAUAAUGUUAAUGGGUAUCAGGGUAUAUUUCAAAACUCCACUCUGGAGGGCUACAAAAAUCCGGAAUGCAAUAAUCGUAUUAUUCCGGGAAAAUAUCAAUGGUUUCUAAAAUAUUUUCAUGAGUAUAAAAUAAAUGGUAUCUUAGCUAUCACUUCUUCUCGAGUAAUAAGAAACGACGUUCUCAAUUCGAAAGAUUUUGAAACCAUUGGUACAUUAUUACGUUCCGGAUCAUUGCGAUCCGGGGUUUUAAGUUCAGAAAAAUUAUUGUCUACUCUUCCCAUCGAAAUAUCUUCGACAUUUUUUGAAAUAAUUGUCAUAUUUUCUUAGAGGGAGUCAUCUUUUUGUCUAAUUUUCCUUGAAAAUAAAGACUAUAUAUUUGUAUAUUAUAAAUAUAUAAUAACCUUAUUGGAAGUGAUAUUUAACCUUUCCCCCCUUUACUUUUAGAUACUUUUAACACUUUGAGUGGUGAAAGUGCGCCCACGCAUUUAACACUCCCACUACUAGACGUAAUGAACUCAAAUUUUAUAAUUAUAUCAGUUGCUUAACAGGAUUAAAGUCGGGUAAAAAUUGGGUUGAAUUUCUAUAUGGAGUUUUCCAUGUUGUUUUGCAGGACGGUGGAUUUUUUAGUUUUGAACACCCAUCAUACAGACCCUUCCCCCAAUCGAAGCCAAGGCGAUGAAUUUCAAAUAUACAUAGUGUUAGUUUCAAGGCCCACCCUUACUAUUUUUCCAAAAAAAUUGCAUACAUUUUUUUUUUUAAAUUACACUCUCUCCUUUCUCAAAAUUCAAAUCGUGCUCUAAUUAUAAUACAUUUCGUUAUUAGGUAUAAGUAAUAGACAAGUUAUCUAUUAUGUUCAUUUAAUCAUUAUAUGACACAUAAAAAAACAAUUAAAAUUAAAGCUACACCGAUAUGGAUUAUUAAUAAUUAUUAUAUUACUACCACUGUAUCAGUUAAACGAACAAUUAUUUUUCUUUAUCUUAUCAGUAUAGCGUUUAAAAUUGUUACUCUAGUGUCUACAGCUGUGUAUAAAAUAAUCUUUUAUACAUACAAUUAUUUUUAUUACAGUAAUACCCAUUGUUCGGCUAUACAUUGCAUAUUAUAAGUACUUACAUAUUAUACAUACCUAAUACGAUCAUUAAAAAUGAAGUGUUUACUUCUCAUUGCAUUAUAUAUUUAUGUGCUUCUUUUUUUUUAUCAUGAAGCUUUGUGCGCAAACGUUUUAGGCGUUUUUCCAAUCGAAGCCCCAAGUCAUCAAAUAGUUUUUGACUCGUACAUGUCCGAACUUCAUCGCCGCGGCCAUAACGUGACCGUAUAUUCACAUUUUCCCGAUAUUGCUUCUGAAAAAUACAAACGAAUCAAAAUCAACAAUAAUACGUCUUUGUUGAACCCAAACUACCUGACAAUGGACCGUAUGUAUUCGCAUUCUAUUUUGAACAGUUACAAACACGUCUUUUACAUGGUAAUGAAUGGAGAAACGUAUGCUCAGUCCAACGUAUUGCGCCAAUUAUACACCCAACCAGAAGAUACUUACGAUUUAAUAGUGACUGAAACGUGUAAUACGGAUCUUUACCUGGCACUCGUAGAACGAUUCAAAGCCCCGUUUAUCGCAUGGACUACGUCCCCGAUAUUUGUAUGGUCCGCAGAUCGCAUGGGAACGUCUAAUCAUCCCGCAUAUAUACCAGUUCUAAUGACCCCUUACGGGACACAUAUGGAUUUCGCGGAACGAACAUACAACACGUUAUUACGAUUUAUAGCUUUUUAUAAAUAUUAUACUGACUCUUCAAUUCCCUCGCAGAGAAUCGCAUCGAAAUACUAUAAAUCUUCGUCUCGAUUAAGCGAGUUAGUGUUGAAAACUAGUUUUUUGUUUGUUAACACGCACUAUACUGUUUGGGGGGGUAGGCCCUUACCCCCCAAUGUUAUUGAAGUUGGUGGUUUGCACAUUAAACCACCAAAACCUCUGACAGAGGUUCGAACAUAUCACAAGGAAUAUUAUAUAAUUAUAUAUAUAGAAUGUCUCAUGAAGAUAAUAUGCAAUAUCUUGGAAAGUUGGAAAGUAUUAACUUUUUUAGUAAUUUUGUUUUUAAAACUUAAUAAACAAGUAGGUAGCUUUAACAUGUUAAAUUACCAUUAUAUUUUGUCAGCCUUAUUUUUAGGGGUAUACUGACUAUCUACUUUUUAAAUGACAGUCUAUAUUGAAAAUUUCAUAAAUAGACGGAUUAUUAGUUUAAAUACAUUUUGGUGUUGAAAUUUUUAUUUUUUGUCAACUCGUUGACGAGAUAUUCUACUCCUAAGUUUGGGUUGGGGGAGAGUAGUCGAGGAUCAUAUGUGUGGCAGUACAGCACACGGCGUUUGAAUAGUGCUCUGCUAUACUCCCCCAACCCAAACUUAAAAGUGGAAUAUCUUAUCAACAGGUUGACGGAAAUCAAAAAUGUCAACUCUAAAAUAUAUUUUAACUAAUACUCCGUCGUGGUGAUGUAGCAUUUUCGAAUUAGUUGUGUAAAAUAAGAACAUACACAAUUACUAUUACGAAAAAAGUUAAUAUACUUUCCAAGAUAUUGCGAUGAUAACAUCUUCGUAUGACAUUCUGUAUACAAUAGUUUACAAAGUAUUAAAAUAAUUACCCAUUCUAUUUUGUAUCAUUCAAUAAAAAUGUAUUUAUUUAUAUUGUAGGAUAUUCAACAAUUUAUUGAUGAAGCCGAGCACGGAGUUAUUUAUUUCUGCAUGGGCAGUCUAUUACGAGGUGAAACAUUUUCCAUUGAAAAAAGGCAGAUGUUUUUAAAUGUCUUUAAAACAAUUCCUCAGCGAGUACUAUGGAAAUGGGAAGGAGAAUUUCCCGAUAAACCAUCUAAUGUUAUGAUACGUAAAUGGAUGCCUCAAAGAGAUAUUUUAGGUAAAUAUUUACACAUUCGUUUAAAUUUUAUAGAUAUUAAAAUGUAUAACCAUUUAAUGUUUUCUACUUUUAGUAAUUACUUAAAUUGUUACUACAUCUAUACAUUAUUAAUUUUUGCGAAUUAUGUCUCCUACUUGAAAUAUUGCUUUAAUCAAAAAAUGCCUAGAGAACUUUUUUUAUUACAUUUUGGAUUUAGUCGCUCUGAAGUAAUUCGUUUUUGAUUUUCAAAGUCGUUUUCAUGAUAAUUGAGAAAAACCGGAAAUGGGUGAAAAAUGAAAACUGAUAAAUUUACAAUGUUAAGGAUUCCAUUGUUUUAAAUGUUUACGGUUUAUAUUUUCUAUCAGAAAUAUUGCAUCAAUUGAAAAAAACAGAAGAUUUUUUUUGUUAAAUGUUUAAUCUAGUUAGUGAAUAAGAGUCGCAUUUUUGAUUUUUCAAGUAGAUUUUUAAAUAAUUGAGCAAAAUUGAAAGAAAAACAUAGAAAGAAUGGGAAAAUUUAUGGAAAUAAUGGUUUCAUUAAUUUUAAUUUUGAUUUUUUUUGUCAAUUAAAAAUAUUUAUAGACUUAACAUUUCGAAAGAAAUCGUAAAUGCCUUUUCUAAACGUGGUACAGUUUUAAAAACAUUUGACGAUUUUUGAGCUAUUUGUAAGCAUUUUAUGUUUACGAGAUUUGUACGUAGUUUUUAUUUGUUAAGUACAUAUGUACUAUAUGAUGGAUAUCAUUAUUUGAUCAAGUAGAAAUUCUUGAAAUUUAACAGAAGGUUAAUUAUAAGUUUUGCUUAGUGGUCAAAAAAAAAUGUGUGUAAUGUACAUAACAAUUUUUUUUAAUAAUUGUAUUUUAAGAUCAAAUUUUGAAGAAAAUCAUAAAUAUUAUGGCCUCACAAAUCAUGUAUAAACGAGCUUUGCUCAGAACUGAUUUUUCUUUGCUGGAGUUAUAAAUUAAAUAACUUUAUAUAUCGUACUUUUCCAAAUUCCGACCGACAUCAGUGACACACACAUCAAUGGUAUCAGUUCUUUUAGAUUCUGAGUGUAGCAAAGGAUGUAUUGGUUUUACAAAGAUGUUUAUUUUUUUUUUUACUUUUUAUUGUUUUAUUUUUAAACUGUGGGCAAAAAUUCUACCAGAAAUCUUGCUCCGGUUUUCAAUGAUAGCACUUUUUCUAAAAGAAAAUCUGACUAGGCAGAUACUUUAGAGUGGUUUUUUCGAUUUUACUAAGAGUUUUCCCAGUAAAUAUGAAAAACCGUGAAAAAACACGGGAAAACCAGGAAAAUCAUUACUAUAUUAAACAAAUAUUAUUAAAGAUAAUACAUAAUGUUUAUCUAAUUAUUUUGUCAUAAUAUGACAUAUAUUUGUUUGACAAAGUAUCACUAUCAAAUGAACUCCGCUCAGAAUCGUUUUUAGUAGUCAAUGAUUUAUCAUUGUUUGCACAUACAAAUUAAUUUUCCCUCUAUAUCCUACCUUCCCAAUUUUUCACCAACAGUGGCUGCACCCGUCUCCAUUAUCCUAAGACAGCUUUUUUUUUCUACGUCAUCUUUCAUUGUCGACUUGUCAGGUCAUAUAUCCCACAAUUAUAAGAUAAUAGUCCUAUAAUGACUUUGUACAUACCUAGUAUAGUUUUUGAUUCAAGUGAUACUUAUUUUUAUUUGAAGAACCAAAUACAAUAGUUUGUUACCUACAUAUAUCACUUAUUCGCCGCAGCUGUGCUUAUUCUAAUUUUUUGCUGGUCGUUGUUUAUGUAAUUUAUCUCAAAUACUUAAACUUAUGUAAUUUUUUAAAAUUGGAUAUUCUCUCAUUUAUAGUUUUGUUUAAUAUUUUUACUAUUCUUUAUAAGUUUCUUAGUACCUACUAGUUUUUAUUUCUUGACAAUUAAUUGAUCUUUAAAUAAAUAAUAUGAUGAUGCUAUUUUGUCAUCUGCCUAUGCUUGUAUUCUGGGCUUUCUUACAAUGUUUUAUCAUCCAUGAUUCUUGUGUUUGACUGUAUGUCUGUAUAUAGAGUUAUAUUGAAGAAUAAUGUCAUAUUGGUGACAACACAUCUCUUGGCUUCAAACUUAUCUGACGUGUGCUGAUUGAAUUUAACCUUACGCAUCGUUCUAUUCGUUCUACACAAAUAUACUUUUAAACAACUUGUUAUCUUAUAUAUUACAUAGUUUUAAAUUUCAAAUUAUAAAUUUAAAACAAAACAACAAAUAAUAUAAUGCAAUCAUCUUGGCCUGUAUUUCUUUGUGCCAUUAAUAAGACAAUUUCUGUAGGAUACAUUUUACAAUUAUUAACAAAUUAUAAAAUAAUAAAGUAAAAACAAAAUUAUUGAAAUGGUUAAUACUCGUAAAUAAAUAAAGUAAAUAAAUAUGUAAAUAAAAAAUAUAUUUAUAAAAAUAAAAUAAAUAAAGGAAUCAAUGUGUUGCCUGGAGUAUUAUGAUAGGUGUAUUAUACGACCGGUUUCGAAUUAAAAAUGCAUAAUCAGGUAUAUCACAGUCAAAAUGUAAAACACAUUCACAGAGUCAAAAUUUACAUUUAUCAUAAUACUCUAGGCGACGCAUUAAUUCAUUUAUUUAUUUUAUUUUUAUAUAUAAAAUUUGUAUUUAUAUAUUUAUUUACUUUCAUUAUUAAUACAUUUACUUUUAUUUUAUAUUUAGCCUACAUAAUGUAAAUUUAACCUAAAAUAUAAUUCACUAAUUUUGUAAUAUAUAUAUCUAUAUUGUUUUGAAAAAAUAAAUUUUCUGUUUAUUUAUUUGCUUACAGCUCAUCCUAAUGUUAAGCUUUUUAUCUCCCAUGGUGGCUUACUGGGUACCACCGAAGCUGUAUACGAAGGUGUACCAAUUUUGUCAAUGCCAAUUUUCGGCGAUCAAAUGACUAAUAUUAAAGCCGUUGUAGACAAAGGAUCUGCAGAAAUGAUGUAUUACUAUAAUUUGAAUGAAGAUGAGAUUUCUACUAAACUAAAAUUAAUGCUCACAAAUCCUAUGUAAGUGUCUCCUAUGAAAUAUUUACGUUUAGUAAAAUGUUUAUAAUUAGUAUUUAUUUUUAUUUUGCACUCCAAUACCGACUAAAUUUCUGAAAUAUAGAUACAAACAAAAAGCAAAAGAAUUAUCAGACGCUUUUCGUGAUCGACCGAUGUCUCCGUUAGAGACAGCUGUGUAUUGGACAGAAUACGUCAUUAGACAUAAAGGGGCACCACAUCUUCGGUCUGCUGCUGUUGGAAUGCCAUGGUAUCAAUAUUACUUAAUAGAUAUAUUAUUUGUUAUUUUACUAUCUGUCAUAGUUAUGUUCGGAUUAUUAUAUUGUUUAAUUUUCAAAGUACUUUUACGAGUUUUACGACGGUUAACGAAUCCAAAAACUAAAGAUAAACAAACUUGA